AAGAUACCCAUGUAAUAUUCCAUGUACUAAGUUAGCUCUCGAAACCUCGUCGAACAAGCAUGUCCUCGUCGUCGACCUCCAUCAUCAACUCGAGCCUUAGCGAAGAGCAAUGGGUGGAACACAUCCGAGACGCCCUCGAUCAUGGGAUCGACAUCGAGACCCUGGUCUCUGUCCACCGCGUGCCGGAAUCGAUCAGCUCGGCGAAGCUCGAGGCCUACGUCCCGCACCAUGUCGCGCUGGGACCGUACCACCACUUCUGGCCACAGCUCUACCAGACAGAGAACCCCAAGCUGGCCGCAGCCCGACGGGCACGCGCGGUGCUGAAGCUCCCUGCAUUUGAUUUAAUCGCUGGUUUGCUCGAAGAGCAGGAGGGGAAAAUCCGCGCGAGCUACCAGAUGCACCUGGAAGUCGGCACGGACACUCUGAAGUGGGUCAUUACCAUCGACAGCUUGUUCUUGCUCGACCUACUGUAUGGUUACAAGGACAAGCGAGAGAAAAUGGACCGGGAUAAGUCGGCCAGUAUUCGGAGCAAGGAAGACCCAACUGGGGAUGACGAUCGAGGGGGGAUCGUACCGAUGACCCGAGACUCCAUUGUCAAAGACGUGAUGAUGGUGGAGAAUCAAAUUCCGACCUUUGUGCUGCGGAAAAUAAUGCUGCAGUCAAAGAAUUCGACGAAUGAAGUGAGCGAAAAUGGAGAAGAUGAGUCUAUAGAUAGGGAGCUCGGGGUGAUGUUGAUCAGGUUCUGCAAAGCGAUAUCGCCUCUCGGACUAGAAAGGUGCUCGCCCUCUGAAGCUGUUCGCCAUUAUAAGCAUUUGCUCGAUCUCCUUUACAAUCUUAUCUUGAGGAGAACAGUCCCAGAAGCAGUACAGACGAAGAAGAAUGAGCUUGGAGGUGCAAGAUCUGGCCAUUUGAUCAACAAGGUAUCGGUACCAGCACCAAAAGUCACUGAAGCAUGGAAAGAGUUAUCGAAAUUCUCUUUCAUGAAGAAGCUGAGGCUGCCGAUCGUGCUCAUCUACAAGUUAAUUCAAUCGGUAAUGCAACUAAUACCCGGAUGCUCCGACUGCCUCCGGAACAACCCUUCUCAUGAAAUCGUUAUGAUUCCCACGGUGUCGAAGCUCCAUGGCGUCGGGAUCAAGGUGCGCUCGGCUGAAGGAGGUAUCAGAACCAUCGAGUUCGAUCAGAAAACUGCUACUCUGAAGCUCCCCCGGAUCGUUUUGAAUCCCACCACUGAGGUCUUGCUGCGAAACCUCGUGGCCUACGAGAUGAUAUCGCAGAGCAGUCCCUUGAUUCUGACGCGAUACACGGAGUUGAUGUACGGCAUUAUCGGCACCUGCGAGGACGUGAAGCUACUGAGGGGAGCGUCCAUCGUCUCGAACCAUCUGAACUGCGACGACAAGGUCGUGGAGCUCUUCAACGGAAUGAUCAAAUCCAUAGGUUCCAGAAGCAAUGCCUCGGAGCUGGACAAGACGAUUCAAGACGUCAACAGGUACUACAACAGCACCCGAAAGGUCAAGGCUUAUAAUCUCAUGAGGAAGUACGUCUACUCUUCUUGGAAGUUCCUCACCAUGUUCGCCACGGUCGUGCUCAUUCUGCUCAUGGGUCUGCAGACAUUUUGCUCCGUAUGCAGUUGUCCUCAGCUAUUCAACACAACAUGAGCCAUUUGUAUCGUACGUCACAGAAAAUAUUGAGAGAUUUUGGAAAGGUAGUGCUUUUAAUAAACUCGUUUUUCUUCUUUGCCAUGUAUAACCAAAGAUCAUUUUAAGUUCAAAAAAACAAAUUAAUUGAUGAACAGAGACUAUAUGAAUAU